CUUUUAUAUAAAAUGUCGGGCCGGGCCUCUUGUCGACCAAGCCCAUUAUGAUCAAUAUAUACUAUCGCCGUACAACAAUCGAAAAAUUCGCUGUACAACAAUCGAAGUGAAAUUUUCUUACGCCGGAAUCUUCGGUCGGCGCCGGAAUCGUGGACCAAGCACAACACAAAGAAAAUCAUAAUUUCAGACGGGGACUGGUUCCGGGGGUUUUUCCGCCGAACACCAUCGUUAUCGCUUCGCCUUUUUUACGUCGUUUAUGGAAAAGGGCAAAGGCAAAGACUCUACGGGAAGGGUGACCGCUGCGUUUUGCAAUCUGGAAUUGGACAAUAAUUCUCACAAUUCAAAAUUGACCCGAAAUCCAUUAGGGUUUGCUUUUCAAUCUGAUUAUUUUACCUCGAACAGGGGAAAGUCGGCGCCGAGCUUGUUGAGCUUGUGUUUGGGGGUCGUAGGUAGCAAUCUGGAGGACAUUGUAGAUGACUUGGCUGAGAUUUCCUACAGUUUCCCCUCGGAUAUUAAGGUGGAAAUUGUGAAUCCUUGUAAAGUCGAUUUUGCUAUUUUUGAUAUGGUAUUGCUGGCAGUUGCCAGAAGAAGAAAACUGCUGAAUGAUGGGAUUAUUAUAGCCUUGGGUGAUAGUUCAUUCCAAAUACUAGACAUAUCUGGUUCUGAUGUUUCAGAUUCUGGGCUUUGUCAUAUCGUGGACAUUUGCCAAAACCUAAAAGCAGUGGAUAUAAGCCAGUGCACAAGACUUACGUCGGCAGGGAUUUCUAAGCUUCUUCAACGCUGCAGUUCACUUGAGAUAUUGAGAUGGGGAGGUUGCCCUAGGAGCAGCUACACUGCCCGCAGAUGCUUGAGCCUUUUAAAGCCUGACCUCAAUGAUGUGGAAGGUGAAUCAUGGGAGGAGCUCGAUGAAGUGGAUUUCACGCACGGUGCUCAUUCUCUGCGCUGGCUCGUCUGGCCAAAUAUCGACAAGGAUUCACUGGAGACGCUAACCAUUGAAUGCCCGCGAAUAGCAGUCAACCCAAAGCCAUCCCUUAUGGGUUUCAAGGGCACCGAAAUUCCUCGAGAAGCAUUUUCUCAAUUUGCAUUGGAUGACUCAGUCGUUAAGGACAUUGAUCCAAAAACUUGGGCAGUGUCUGGGUUUAAUAACACCAGGACAGCUCAUCUAAGAGCCGCAUGUCCAAAUGAAUUAUCUGUGGCUGAAAAGUUCAGGUUAGCAUUUUUAGAUAGAGAUACUCGUUUAGCACCCAAGAGAGCAAAGAACGUGAGGCAACAUCAAAGGCGUGCAGAGAGGGAAUGGGUAAGAACAGAUGCAAGAGCGAAAGCGUUAGCUCUUGCUUCGAAAGCUACGAGGUCUGUCAACCUUAGGAACGUUUGAGGAGGAAAUUCGGAUUGAAAUUUGUGUGUGUUUUAUAAGUUUUCGACCUGUGGAGAUUGUGUGGUCUGUAGAAUAUGUUGGGAAGUCUGGUGAAUUGUGAUUUUGCCCAUGAGUAGCUGGUGAAUUCGGAAUUUGAUAUAUAUGUAUUUUAGUGUAUGACUGAGUGUAGAUUUAAUAGCAUACGAACGUUUCUUGUACAAACUUCAAACCAUUUGAUACAUGUAUGAUAUAUAUGUUGGGAUUGAAUUCUGAAUUACCUUUUCUUUU